CAUAAGUUGUAACUGCAUGUUAGUAGUCGUACGGCAUGUGCAUAUUGCAUACCUACCUACCUACAUAGUAUACGGAACACAAGCGUACGAUGACCUACAAUUAUAAUCCUUAAAGGACGCCACACGCGUAUAUGUUGUCUCCGUUUUACAAAGUAUAAUCGCGUACCUACCGCCUACCUUAUAGGUAAAUAAAAUCAUUGAAUCGCCGAGAUUAGUGUUACCAUUAAUACAACUAAUGUACACAUUGUUUGGACAGUCUAUACAGUUCGGUGGUAAAAAUAUUAAUGUUAUUUAAUUAUUAUACUUAUAAUAUACAAUAUCGACGUGUCGAAUUUUGUAAGAUCAGGUGUUUCAGAAUUACAAACCCGUUUGAACUAUAAACGUUUUCGCUGACAUGGAAAGGUGGAAUAAUAGAGUGGCCAUCGUGACCGGCGCAAGUAGUGGCAUAGGAAAAGCCAUUGCUAUAGCUCUGUUGAAAAGUGGCAUGGUCGUCGUCGGUAUUGCCAGACGAGAAGAUCUAUUGAAGAAAUUAAGCGAAGAAGUCGAAAGUUUUCAUGGUAAGUUCUAUUACAAAUCAUUUGAUAUCAGAAACGAGAAACACAUAACUGAAUGCGUUCAGUGGACCGUAACUACCUGUGGAAGUAUCGACGUGCUGGUUAACAAUGCUGGAGUAUAUGACGAAACUGAAUUAGUCGAUGAAUCAAUGGAACAUGGGAAAAUGAUUAUGGAGACAAAUUAUUUAGCUGGAUGUAUUUUCACGAAAGAAGUGAUAAAUGAGAUGAAGUUGAAGGGUAUUGACGAUGGACACAUUAUCAAUAUAAAUAGCGUUGCAGGUCAUUAUAGAGCUGAACCAAUAAAAGCACUUAUUCAUAAUGCCAGCAAACACUGUGUUACAUUAACGACCGACAGUAUUAGAAGAAUGUUGAUUAAGGAAGGAAGUAAAAUAAAAAUAACGAGUUUAAGUCCUGGGGUGACUAUUAAAGAGUCAUCAGAACAAGAAUUGAAAUCACACCCUGAAAUAACAUACCUAGAGACUGAGGAUAUUGCUAAUGCCACACUUUACAUUUUAGGAACACCACAAAAUGUUCAAGUAUGUGAAUUGACAAUCAGGUCUGUUGGAGAAAUCAUGUAUUAAUAUUUAUAAACAAACAUUGUUGGCUUAUAAUAAAAAAAAACUUAAUUAUCAUA